AUGACAAUCUUUUUUGCCGACGAUAAAAAUCUUUCUCGGAUGAGCGAUGGUGUCAGCAAAGAGCAGAAAGAAUUGCUCAUUUCGAAAGGAAAACAACUGAGAAAGUAUGCAAAACGGGUUAUAUUUGAUAAAUGGUCGAAACGAUUGCUGAAAGCAAUGUUAAACAGGAAAAAAUCAGAUUUAGACAACGAAAAUGAAACAAGAGAUAAGAAAGAUAUCAAUACAAAUCGUCCAACAGAUAAUGAAAACAAAAAUGAUAGCAUUGCGCAAAAGCAAAAACAAACGGAUAAUCAAGAAAAUUGGAACCCAAAGAAAAAGCAAUCAAAUAUCGAAAAAACGUCAAUGAAUGAUACUAUUAGACAAGUUGAAGCACGUCCAAAAAGAGCGCAAUCGCCAAGUGUCAAGAGAAACAAAAAAGUUAUAUUUUAUCGAAAUAUUUCAAUAAAUACUCAUAUUACGAGAUACAAAGAUACAUCAUCACAAACUAAAUCAUCUAGCAAUCAUUAUUCUACAAUGAAUACUCAAACUUCUAAAAUUUAUUUAAAUAUCUCUCCAGCAUUCGUAUUUUCCAAAGAGAAUGAAAAAGAUACGCAAGAUUAUAUGCAAGAAUACGAAAAGGAAUCGAGUUCAGAUGAUAUUUUGAAGUUUAAUGACGAAAAUUCAAAUUCUCAUAUUCCUACAACCAUAAGAAAGAAGAAUCAACAAACAGAGCCUAAAGAAAAACCAGAAAAUAAGUCAAUACUUACAGCAGAUGCAGAUAAUCUCUUUACAAUCGGUUCUGACGAAGAUAUUAAUUUACCUCCCAUAGAAGUUGCCGCUCCUGCAUUAACUAGCCCAGAACAGAACAAAGGGCAAUAUUCUGUUGACAGUCCUAAGGGUUCUACAAAGAAAAAACCUAAUUAUUCCGUUGACAAUGAAUAUGAUUCAUUUUCUAACUCGAAUAAUGAAGAUUUGAACGAAGAAGACAAUGAAGAAUGGAUAUCUGAUCCAGAUUCCAAUCAAAAACCAUCAAAUAUCGAAGAAGAUGUUAAAAAUUCUGAUGGUGAAAUCGAAAUUGACGACGAAGAGAAAGGAAUUUCACUUAAAAAGUCAGCAAAGGUCCAUUUCACCUUUAAUACUAGCGAAACAGUUAACAUAGCUCCUUCAGGAAGCAAUUCUUCCUCUCCAAUUGGAUCUCCUUUGAUGACGUCUUCUUCUUCUAUGCCAACAAUGAGAAGAAACCCAAUUAUCAUGGUUAGAAGACCACAGUCCCCAAAUUUCACUCAACUCGACUUCUCUCCAGCCUCUUCUUUAUCAAGUGACUUUUCAUCAGACCCUGAAGAAAAAAGUGACAACAAAAAUUUUGAAUUAAUUUCGGCCAAAACCGAAAAACCAAAACCAAAAGAAGAGGUGAAAGAGGAGCCAAAAGACAAAGAAAAGGAUAAUGCUGAUGUUCAUGAUAGCGAAAUUCCAAUUGAAAUUUUAUCUGACUCGUUAAGCGACGUUGAUAUAGAUGAUCUUGUUACCCCUACUCAGAACCAUCCAACAAGCCCAACAAAGAAUGGGGAUGACCAAAAUAAAGAGAUAAUUUCAGAUGAUAGCAUUGAUUCCACAGAUAGCCAAUAUGAUAGUGACGAAAACGUUGCUAUCCCAUUGCAUGAAGAGCCCGUCCAUAGUGGCUCUGAUCCAACUUUUAAUGAUACUCAGAUAAUUACAAGUCCACCGUUAGAUGAAUUAUUAGGAGAUAUCCCUGUUACUCCACCAAAGGAGGAUAGCGAAAUUAGAGCCUUCCUUAGGCAAUUCUUUACUGCUGAAGUUUUCCAAAAUUGCCAAAACAGAAAAUCUCUCGGCCAAUCGAUCCCUCUUAUUCAUAUUCCUGAUACAGCACGUCGGCCAUUCAAAUAUCCUCCGGAUUAUUUGGAUUUAGUGAUAGAUCUCGUUAAUGAAAUCAUAGAAACGGAAGAUAUCGUUGGAAUGUUCUAUGAACAGUUCCUUGACCACUUGGAGGCCAUUCUUGGAGCAGAACCAAUCGAAAUGGAGCCAAAUUAUAUAACAAGUCUUCACGCACAGUCUGAAAUCGAAUGCGAUAAUACAGGAAUUGAUAUUCUUAUGAGAAUUGCUGAUAGCAUCUUAGAAUCUCAUACGGAUUAUGUUCUAGGUUAUGUAUGA